AUUGCGUGACCCCGCAGCACUCAUGGCGGCGGAUGUAUUUCGGACAAUUCAGGGUCUUUACCUCGGCAAGCACUUUCCAGACGACGCAGUCCUGUCGACACUGGAGUACAAACCACGACCUGGAGACCUCUUUCUCGUCAGCUACCCAAAAUCCGGUUCAACGUGGACUUUACGAAUAAUGUACAACAUCCUCAUGGACGCUGUCGACUCGGACGAUCCUCUGGAGCCAAUCAUUCGAUUUCCCUGCUUGGAGAUGCAGGGAGCGGAGGCCGCCAUCUACGCGCCAAGACCGGCUGCCUUCAAGACCCACCUACCAUUCCACAAGAACCCUUACUCUCCCGAGGCCAAGUACGUGUACAUAGCUAGGAAUCCAUACGACACAUGCGUGUCCUUCUACUACCAUACCAAGCACUUUCCAGCGUACAAAUUUCAAAACGGCACUUUCGAUGAGUUCUUCGAGCUGUUCAUCAAAGGCCGAGUUGACUACGGGGACUACUUUGACAACGUUUUCUCCUGGUACGAACACCGCGAUGAUCCCAACGUGCUGUUCCUAACAUAUGAAGAACUCAAGGCUAAUACACGUCAGUCGGUCCUGAAGAUUGCAGCUUUCAUAAGCCCUGAGAAGGAGAAACGACUGAAGGAAAAUACCGAGAUCCUGAACCGAAUCCUGGACAAAACAAGCUUGGCGAACAUGAAGAAAACAAUUAACGUUGGCACACAAGGACAAAGCUGGAGCGAAUCGCCGAUGCUAAAAACCAUUCACCCGGAACUUCUAAAGGGACUUCGAGCUUUAUUUGACUUUUUUAAAGUGCCUAUGACAGGUGACUUUGUUCGUAAAGGACAGGUAGGAGACUGGAGAAAUCACUUUUCUCAAGAGCAGAUCCAACAAAUGAAAGAAUGGAUAGCUGAGGCCACGAAAGGGUCAGACCUUAUGAAACUUUGGGAGGACGUGGAUAUUCCUUAAGCAGGUCGUCCGGAUAAAACAUCUAAAGCUUCAGACUAUACC